CUUCUGGUGGUGGCUUCAGUACUUGGGAAGCCUAGUUAGGUGUGGUCUGCUACUCUGGGCACCCUUAUCAGAGUCCCCUGUGCCUGGAAGUCUUUGUGUCCGGGUAGGGAGUUGCUUCUAGACCAGCUAUAGGACUGGUGGAGGCCCAGCCUGGUGGAGGCGGCUGAAUAAGCAGCUGAUAAAAUCUAAUUGCCCUAUCGAUUGGGUGGAACCAAGGGAGUCCUGCAAUGAUUGAGAUGUUCUGAGCCCACAGGCCCUCCCCUGCCCCUGCACAUGGAGAUCUCCUUAAGUACACAAGUAUAUGUGUAUAUGUGUGCUCAGGUAUGCUUACUAAUACACAGGCUGUGUGCACUUCCUCCGAGCCAGGGCCAUCAUGCUGCUUGUCAAAAUAUCUGUGUACUACACAUAAAUAUGUGUCCCUCUGUGGUGCCUGGUCACCUGACUGGCCACUCUUCUCUUUGCACUGCAUGCAAGGGUUCAUACUGUGCACAACAGUGGGAGCGUGUACUGUGUUCAGGUUUCACAUAUGCAUUCCCUUAGUGUCUUAUCCCUCUUCCCUGUGGGCUUUCUCUCAGUUCUUAUAGGGGGUCACUCCAACUGUGUCACCACUCUCUGGACCUGAGAGAACUAUGGGGCUCGGAGCAGGUUUUGUGACUUUGUGGUCUGCCUCUGGGUAUACUGUUUGCCUCCUAUUGCCAGCACCUUCAUGUAUCCAGGAGUGAGUGAGUGUGGCCACAUGAAUCAGAUAGGACUGGGUCUUAUGUGAGGUAACACUACCCUAUGAUCACCUCUUCCAGGCUGUUACCCAAACUGCAAUAAUAGAAAGAUAUAACACACAAUAAUAGAAAGACAUAAUACACACACGCACACGCACACGCACACAGGUGGGGUGGAGAGUGGCCACUGUUAUAGUGAAGGCACACUGCUGUGAAAAGAGCCCUUGCCUUGCCCUAAAGGGGUUGUGUGAGAAGGUAUGGAGUGAGACCAGGCCACACAGUCCUGAGAGACCCUCCUCCCUGCCUAGCUCAGCUGCUGCCUCUCUUGCCCACUGGUCUCUGAUAUGCUAUUAGUGACCCCAACUGCAGUCAGAUGCCCUUCAUCUGUCUGCUGGGUCCAUUUGCCCUGAUCCGUUACUGAGAAGAACCAUUGUCCAGACAGUGGGUACUAUCCCUCUCCUUGGGGCAGAGGCUGAGCUGGCCAGCUAGACCAGUGGCAGUGAGGUGGCUGAGAUCAAUAAGUUAUUAGCACCAUUCUGUCAGCUGUAAUGUGGAGAUUGAUCGGCAUUCUUGCUGCCGCACUUCCCCAGCCUGAUAAAAAUGACAGAUUAGGGACUAAGGAAAAGGAAUUCAGCUCUAGUGUGGCAGGACUUUGGGGGAGGAUGGGCACAGAUAUGGAAGCACCACUUGCUGGGGCAUCAUGGAGAGUUUAGAUCAUCCAGGAGUAAGCUCCUCCACACUACCACCCCUCAACUGGAGGAUGAGGAAGGCAGAAGCAACAGUUUCUAGCCUGAAGCCACAAUGGCACAGGGCUAUUCAGCAAAGACCCUAGCUUCUGGUUAGGGGCCCAGGACGAAGCUGGGCAAGCACCCAGGAGGGUACUCAGGCUGGUCUGGAAUUAGGCCAACUAAUGCCUGAAGUUUAGCAUGUGAGAGUAUGAUCUGUGGGUCCUACAGGGAACCCUGGGAAGCAGGGGCAGGGGCUGAGCAAGCCAGAUGCUAGCAUAGUACAUAUAGGCUGUGCACUGUAGGAUAAGCUGCUCAGGAGUGCCCUCAAGAGCCCGGAGCCUGGCUGCACAGAUGGGCAGAUACUGCCAAGGAGAAAGGCAAGGCCUUCCUUUCUGUGUCACAAGUGCAGCAGAGAAGAGGUUACUUGGGGAGAAACUGAGCCUCUGAUGUCAGGACCUGGAAGACCCAGAAUGAAAUAGGUUGGAAUGUGAGGUGUAUCUUCUGGACCUGCCUCUCCCACACUUGCACAGUGACCAAUUCUAUCCCAGGAGGCAAAGAUGGGCCACUCAGUUCCCCAGAAGGGGCUAGGUGACCUGUUGGGCAAGAGGCUGGGCUGUUCCUCCUACAUCGCCAAUGACUGCUCUUCAGAGAAGAAGGCCCGAAGUGAGUCCCCACAAGAGACUCUGCUGCUUCCAGGACUGGGGUCUACCAUGGCUCCUGAGGACCACUACCGCCGGCUCAUGUCAGCCCUGAGUGAGGCUAGUCCCUUUGAGGAAAGUCAACAUUUCCACCACCUUGGUAUCCCCAGCCAUGAUCUCCUAAGGGUCCAGCAGGAAGUAGCAGCUGCAACUUUGAGGAGCCCUGCUGGCUUGCAAGUCCAACUUCCCUCAUCCACAUCAGGUCAUCAAAGGAAGCAAGGCCUAGUUCAGCACCGGGAGAGCACACUUCUGGCUGCUACCCCAUCCUUCUCAGAAAGGGAGUUGUCGCAGCCGCCCCCUUUGCUGUCGCCGCAGAAUGCCCCCCACAUCGCCCUGGGCUCCCAUCUCAGGCCUCCCUAUUUGGGCGUGCCCUCAGCCCUAUGUCAGACUCCAGGUUACAGCUACCUGGCCCCGACUCAGACUGAGAUGUUUGCUCGGCAGCAGGAGGUUUUUCGGAAGCAGAGCCUGGCUCGGCUGGAGAUGUCUGCAGAGCUGCUUCGGCAGAAAGAGCUGGACAACACUCGCCGCCCGCAGCUACUGGCGCCAGAGGUGGCCUUGCGUGCCCCCGAAGGCAGCGAUGAGCUGCAGCGUCGUGGGCCCUUGCUAGUUUUGAAACACAGCACUGCAUCACUGCUGGCCCUGCCUACCCAGGGCCCCCCAGGCCCCGGGCCCCCCACCCUGCCCCAGGAACCCACCCGCAGUGCACCCCAGACAGGGAGCCUUGGUUCUGCUUCAGCACAGCCCAACGACCCACCACCGAAGGCAGGGGCUGGCCUCUGGGCUCAAGAUGGCUCUGAGGAGGAGCCCUCCAAAGAUUCAGAUGGAGAGGACCCUGAGUUAGCAGCUGCUGGAGGCAGGGCCUCUACUCGUAGCCAAAUCCCUGCAAGAGAGACCAGAACAGAAGGAAAGGGGCUUCUCCCCGGGUCCACACUGACCCCUCCACUGCCUCUGGGCUUCCCCUAUGUCAGCCCCUACUUCCACACAGGCACCAUGGGGGGACUCACCAAUGAUGGGGAGAACACAGCCCCUGAGGAGGUCAGCAAGUGGACAGUGGAUGAUGUCUGCAGCUUCAUAGGGGGCCUGUCUGGCUGUGGCGAGUAUGCCAGGGUAUUCCGAGAACAAGGAAUAGAUGGAGAGACUUUGCCUCUGCUGACAGAGGAGCACUUGCUGAACACCAUGGGGCUGAAGCUGGGACCUGCCCUCAAGAUCAGGGCACAAGUGGCCAAGCGCCUAGGCCACGUCUUCUACAUGGCCAGCUUUCCUGUGGCCCUGCCGUUGCAGCCACCAAGCCUGCGGACCCCUGAGCUCAGCACAGGACAGCAACCCCUGUCCCCAGCAACCACCACCUCCUGCUAUGGGAAGGCCCACCCAACUACAGGCCAAGUCUCACCCAAGCAGGAGAAUGGGACAGGCCCCUUCACUUUGCUCCCAGAGGCCGCAGAUCCCUCCCAGACUCUGCUGAACUAGCAGGCAACUACCAUACUCCCUGUUACUCAUAAGACUGCCCAUAUCCCCAGGUUUUUUUCCCCCCUUUGGUUUUAGAUGCAAAAACACCAAGAAUAUUUUUAAAAAAGAAAAAUGCGUGACUUACAAGGAAAGGAAUGAGUUUACAAAGAACUAGGGUUAACCAAAGACAAAGGAGGUGGAGAGGCCAUGAAGCUGCUCUCCUCUAAACCAGGACUGCUCAGCAGGUCAGGGUCAGCCUCCUGCUGGGUCAACAGUAGGCUCUACAGAGUCAGUUCCCUUCCCAGGUCAGACAGUUCUGGGUACACUUGGUCUGUUGUGCAGUAACAAUAAAGCCCUGUCCACUGUC